AAAGUUUAUCGUGGUCAAGGUUUAGCAUUAGAAGAUUUUGAAAAAAUGAAAAAAAGCAUAGAUCAAUUAAUGUCUUUCAAUAAUUUUCUAUCAACAAGUCUCAAUCAAAAUAUUUCCUUUGAAAACUUUGCACGACCAGCAGCAUUUAAUGAUCCCAAUAAAGUUGGCAUACUCUUCAUUAUGACUAUUGAUCCCGAUGUAUGUACAAAAUCAAAAAUUCCAUUUGCUGAUGUUAGUCAAGUUAGCUUUUUCGAAGACCAAGAAGCCGAAAUUCUUUUUACAACACAUACAAUAUUUCGAAUCGAUCAAAUUCAACGAAUUCAUGACGAUCAUACUGAUCGUCUAUGGGAAGUUCAUCUUACCCUUGUGGGUAAUGACAACCACGAGCUAAAUACACUUACAGCACACGUACGCGAAGAGAUCAACUUGAAAGCACCAAUACGAGGAUGGUCUCAACUAGCUUUUAUACUCAUUAAAGUGGGUGAGCCUGCAAAGGCUAAAAAACUCUACAAAAUACUUCUCCAAAAGGCAACUUCGGAUGAAGAGAGAUCAGAUUACUAUCAUAAACUUGGUUGGGCAUAUGAUGACAUGGGCGAGUAUUCGAAAGCACUUUCAUCGUAUGAACAAUCACUUGAAAUCAAAAAAAUAGCUCUCCCUCCGAAUCAUCCCUCCUUGGCUACUUCCUACAACAACAUCGCUUCAGUGUAUAAUAAUAUGGGCGAGUACUUGAAAGCACUUUCAUCGUAUGAACAAUCACUUGAAAUCCGGAAAAUAGCUCUCCCUCCAAAUCAUCCCAACAUCGCUCAAUCCUACAACAACAUCGGUUCGGUGUAUUAUAGCAUUGGGGAGUACUCGAAAGCACUUUCAUCUCACGAACGAGCACUUGAAAUCAAAAAAAUAGCUCUCCCUCCGAAUCAUCCCGACUUGGCUUCUUCCUACAACAACAUCGGUAUGGUGUAUGAUGAAAUGGGCGAGUACUCGAAAGCACUUUCAUCGUACGAACGAGCACUUGAUAUCGACAAGAAAGUUCUCCCUCCGAAUCAUCCCGAUUUGGCUUCUGACUACCUCAACAUCGGUAAUGUGUAUGAUAACAUGGGCGAGUACUCGAAAGCACUUUCAUCGUACGAACGAUCACUUGAAAUCCACAAAAUAGCUCUUCCUCCGAAUCAUCCCGAUAUGGCUUCUGACUACAACAACAUCGGUAUGGUGUAUGAUGAAACGGGCGAGUACUCGAAAGCACUUUCAUCGUAUGAACGAUCACUUGAAAUCCGAAAAAUAGCUCUCCCUCCGAAUCAUCCAGACUUGGCUGCUUCCUACAACAACAUCGGUAAUGUGUAUAAUAACAUGGACGAGUACUCGAAAGCACUUACAUCGCACGAACGAUCACUUGAAAUCAAAAAAACAGCUCUCCCUCCAAAUCAUCCCGACUUGGCUAUUUCCUACAACAACAUCGGUUCGUUGUAUGAUAACAUGGGCGAGUACUCGAAAUCACUUUCAUAUUACGAAAAAGCGCUACAAAUCAAGAAGAUUGCUCUUCCUUCAGCACAUCCAAGUACUGCACUUACGGAAAGAAACAUUGAACGUGUAAAAAAGAAAAUGUAA